UUUUAUUUUUUUUUCUUAAAUUAAUUCAUGUAAUACAUGAGUUUCACAACUAGUCAACGUAAUAGGGGUGUGUUCGGCACAUGACGUUUUUGAGCGUUUGAGAGCUUCUAGCUUCUAGCGCGUUUGGCAAAAUGUUCCAUUUAAAAUAAAAAGUCUUGUUUGACACUAAAAGCUUCUAGCGUUUAGUUUAAUCAAAACGCCCAAAUCCAAAUGCUAUUUCAUGUAGCGUUUAAUAAAACGCUGCAAGUUACAAAUUACUUGCUACUAGCUAGUUUUGCCUAACGCCCUAGGUAGGAAAUAAAGCAAGUUCGGUACGGCCCACACAAAUAAUGUGCUUUAAAAUCAAAAUUAAUUCUAUUACUUAAUUUAAUUUUAUAGCAUAAAAAGAAAUCAAUGUUUGACCGAAUAGUCAAUAGUCAAUAUAGUCGAUACUCAAUAUAUAUAUCUGGAGAUUUUGCCAGAAAAAGUGAAAAACUCAAAACCCACCGCUACGGCCACAUUUGGAAGCGUAUGAAUCUCCCGCGUCUGCUCGAUUGAGCCCUAGAAAAACUUCGAUCACAACUGAUUCUCCCCUUUUCUAUGGAUUCCCCCGACGACUCUCCGGGAGGUUCACUCCGAUAACCGUCGAUUUCUUUUCAAAUGGAAGCUAAUCACCUACAGAAACCCUUGAAGAGGGCAUUGAGAAGUUGCAGAAGACAAUCUAAAUCUGAACAUGUGACCAAAAAGAAAAAAUCGUUGGACGGUUUUGCCCUUCUUCCCGAUGACGUCCUUCUAGAGAUCCUCAAAAAGCUUCCACCUGAUUUACUCCGAUACAAGGUUAAAUUCGUCUGCAGACGAUGGUUCUUCCUAAUCACCGACAACAUCUUGUUUGACCACGCUUCCCUAAUCCUACAAACGUCAACCGGAAGCAACACAAUUCGUCUGAUGGAUAUAAGGGAAGAAGAACAAGGUCUAAAAAUGAAACAACAAUUUAUUAAGAUACCAUUUCAUGGUUGUAUAAAAUCUUGGUGUAAUGAGUACCUUCUACUAACCGACUCAAUUCGAAUCGGAAUUCUUUACCUUUUCAACCUAAUCACCAAACAAGGAUCAUUUAUUUCAUCACCUUCCGUAUCAUGUGGAGGACAUUACAACUGCAAGUGUGGACUCGGCAUGUCGUACGAUCCAUUCAAAAAAGUAUACAAAGUCGUCCACGUGUACAUGGGCCCACCAAUCCAAUGCGAGAUUCUCGUGUUAGAAAGUAAUAUCCCAAGUAACGCAUGGAUAAUUUGGAAAAAAGUCAACGGGACUUCGUAUACGGGUCAACGACAGUAUUAUUGGGAAAACCCGGUUUCGGUUCAAGGGAGGUACUUUCAUUGGGAUGUUCAUAGUGAUAAAUACUUGGUUUCUAUGGAUACAGUUAAAGAGAGAUUUCGUCAAACUUUCUUACCGGGAUCGGAUGUUUAUCCUAUGGAUAAUCGGUAUUCUUUGGUUGAAAUGGGUGGUUUUCUUACUCUUCUUCAUAAAGUCUCGUUUGACCGAGUCAAUGUAUGGAUGCUUAAAGGUUUUCAAAAGACCAAAUGGGAGAGGUUUCAUUCGAUAUGUAUAUUGGGUUAUGUGUGCUUGAGGGUUUUCCCUGGGAGUGUUGUUUCUUUUCCUGUGACUAGUGUGAAAAGUAAGAGAUAUAUUAUUUUUAGGAAACCCGGAUCUAAUACGGGUUUAUAUAGUUAUGAUCUGAAAAAUAAAAUCAUGAAAAGACUGGAGAUUGAUAUCGCGGAUAAUGAACGUUGUGUGGUUCAGUCAACAACAUCAAGUUUUUGGAAAACAUAAAUUUUAUUGCGGUAGAAGUCGAUGUCUCUGCUGUGAAGGCUGGAGUUGUUGUGAAGAGAGCUUUUGAAGAUUUAGGGGACUGGUUAAUCCUAUCAAUAUAAAUGGAUCCAUUGUGCCAUAUGAUCUCUUUACUUAGAUUUAAUUUAUUUACCUUAUAUUUCAUCAACUAAUGGGUUAUAAUAACAAUUCAUUUGGUUGGAUUAUUAAUCAUUAGUGGGAUUCAAAGGUUUUGAGAUUAUGAUUUUAGUUUUAUGCUUUGCAAGAUUGUGAUCGUAUGAUUGGAUCAAGGUUAGAGAUCCUAAUAAAAUGAACUUGUCUCUAAGUUUUCUCGCAA